ACGUGUCGGUUCGAUGUGCUCAUGCUCAGGCAUAGCAAGGCUGCCGGAAUGGCCGCUUUCAUCUUGUAUUUACACCUUUUAAAUCUACUUUUUGCUAUAUCCUUAUCCAAAGAGACAAUAGACAGGAGGUUUUCAGAUCUCAAGCGUUGCACAGACGAAGAAUGUAGCAUCUUAAUGUGUCGCGGUAAAGCUGCACAGGACUUCUCAGGCCCCGAUUGUCGAUUCCUCAAGUUUAAAAAGGGAGAGACAAUAUAUGUUUACUAUAAGCUGGCGGGAAGAAGAACAGAUGUGUGGGCUGGAAGUGUUGGUAGCAGUUUUGGCUACUUUCCAAAGGACUUGCUUGAAAUUAAUCACAUAUACACUGAAAAAGAGCUAGAAAUUCCAACAGAAGAAACAGAUUUUGUAUGUUUUGACAGUGGACUUGAUAAAUUUGAUAUUUAUGAUCUAAAUAAACUCUUGGGGCCUCCUGGAUUACUGGAAGGAACUAACAUUGGAGUUCCGGAAAUUUCUAGCUCUCCGCCACCACUGCAUAGUCAAGUAGAGAAAAGCACAAAUGCAAAGAGCCAGGCUGAGGAGAUAGAACAUCAAAACUCUCCUGAAGAUAGCAGCAGUGAGGAAGCUGGUGGCAAUAAAACUGAGAUACUAUAUAACAAAACCAGCAGCAGUGUUUCAGAUAAAGAACAAAAUAAAGAUGUGCUAAUAAAGGAAUCAAAGCAGAAUGCUUUAGGCACUGAAACAUCCCAAAAUGUUCAAGAGGAACCAAGUGAAACAGAAAGCCCUACAAAUACAGUAGGACAAGAAAACCAAGCCCUAAGCACAGAUGAAGGUGUGCCACACCCUUUAACAGACUACAAUGCACAUCAAAACACAGAAUCUUCUUCACCAGAUGACAGUACAACACCAAAUGAUAAUGCUGAAGAAACUAGCAUUUCUCAGGGGGAAGAUAAUUUGUCGUCCAUGCAAGAAGAUGGCUCUGAAAUAAACAAUGCAGAAGAGCUUUUGGAAGAGCAGCCUAUUCCUGAAUUAAAAACCACGAUGGAGUCCACCUUUGAUGCAGUUGUUUCCGGUGAGGAGGAAACACGGAAAGUGACCCCAGUCUAUGAUGAUUUCAGCUUCGAAGAAGAUAAUGAAGAAACACAUCAACGUUUUGAAAUGGAACAUGAUGAGUCAAGUGUGGCUUCAAAUGUAAUACCUUUGCUGUCCUAUUCAGAAGAUAACAUUCAACCAGAGGUAGACAAUGAAGAUGAUUCUGAAGAACAGAGUCCAGAUCAACAGGAAGGCCUGUCGGAUGAACAGAGUGAGAUAUAUGAAGUCCAUGCAACAGAGAAGGACAUACCUGAAGAUAAAAGCUUGUGGACAACAUUGGGAAAUACUGUAUUUGCUAUUGUGAGUGGCGGUGAAAGAACAAAUAAGGUAACUGAUUUUGAAGAUAAGGAAGAGGAAGGUGAUGCUGAAUAUCUGAUGAGCAAGGAGGAGGAGCCCAAUGAAGACCGAAUAUACCUUUUGGGUUCUGAAAAAAUGGAAGAUCAGGAGAAAAUUCUGGAAAUGCCAGAAGCAGAAAUCGAGGACUUGGAGAAAAGAGUAACUAAUGAACAUAUGGAUUAUGAAUCUGAGGUUAAACAUUUAAAAAAUGAAUCUGUUUAUUCAGAAACAGAAGUUAAAUCUACAGAUAAUGGCGGUGGAUUCAAGCCUGAUGAAUCUGCAUUGAUUGCAGACAGUACCCUUGCUUCAGAGUCUUCUGAACUGUCUAAAACAUCUUCAAAAGAAGUUAUAGAAGAUCAAGAAAAUGCACAUGAUUUUGAAAAAUCACUGCAUCUUCAACAGAAAGAAAUACAUGCUGAAAAAGAAGAAACCUUGAAGGACAGGUCUAUGGAAGAAUUGGAUGGUUCUCAAACCAAGGACAAGUCCACGCACAUAGAAUCAGAUGGUUCUUCUCAAGCCUCUGAACAGCAUGAAGAAGGAACAAAUUUAAAAGAUGAAGAUAUGGUUGACCAAAAUUUUAUGAAAGACCUUGGUGAAGAAAUUGUGAGCAAAGAACUGGAACUAAGAAUGGACAAAGAAGCACCUAAAGAUGUAGUGCAAAAUGGUCCAGAAGAUUAUUUAAAAGAAAUUGAGCAGGAACCGUCAGAUCAGACUGUGGCUAAAUCAAGAAAGACUGAUACUUUUGAAAAUGAGGAAUUGUUUUCAGAAGAAAAAGACAAGACAUUUGUCAAUGAAACCACAGUAGAAGAUACUGAUGAACAAAUGGACAAGGAGAAACCACAAGCAAACAGUGAAACAGCGAACGAAAGUACAGACAAGUCAGAAAUAAGAGAAAGUGGGGAAAUCCUAAAUGCAGAAGAGACUGUUGAACCUGAACUUGAUAUCCCUAAAGAAGAAGAAGAAGAAGAAGAAGAAGAAUUAUUGGAAGAUGAAAAUGCUAAAGUAGCUGCAGCUGCUGAUUUCGGUACUGGGACUGUGGACAGUAAUCUUAAUAACACAGCAAAUGAGCGUGGAGAAGAAAUGACUAUCACCAGCAAAACUGAAAAUUUGGAAAUUGUCAGUGUGCAAUCUGAUGUCAAAUUAGAGGUUGAAUCACAACAUGUAAAUAACAGUGCUUUUAAAGAAGCACACAAUGAAACAGACCUUGCUAUUCAGGAUGACAUUGAAACAGGCAAAGCAGAUGAUUUAUUGGGUAUCGAUUCUGACAUAAAAGAAAUACCUGCAGAAAAAAUAGCUAAACUAGGAGUAACUAAACCAGAAACUGACAGUAUAGGAGCAGAAGACAACAGUGCAGGAGGUGAAGAAGCACCGAUUAAAGAGAAUUCAGGAAGGGAGCACGAUGGCUUAGAAUAUAUAGAAGCAAAUAUACCAGAGUUGAGUGAAAAGGAUAGUAUUGUAGAUACUACAAUUGAAAUUCCGGUGGCGGAAGAGCCAGAGCACAGUGAUGGUGUAAGAAAACUUAUUCUUCUCAAAGGCUACUUUGAUGAAAAACGUGUGGAGCGUUUCUUAAAAUAUCUUGGCCCCCAGCACAUUCUCAGAGUAGAGGCCAUGUUCCAAGACUUGGAAGAUGAGCUCAAGCUUACCAGGCAGAAAAGUGAGACUAAAGAAGAUAUUGAGAAGUCUUUGGACAGGAUCUUGGAAUCUUCAGAGACCAGCAUUCUGGAUGAGAUUGAGGAGAUGUUGGAUGAAAGAGAAGUUAAGUAUGCUGAGAUAGUGCAAAUGAACAAUAAUAUGUUUGACGAAGAAGCUGCUGUGCUGGAUGACUUCCAAGAGAUGGCAUUCUAUCUUAGGCAGAAGUACUCGACAGCAAGUGACAGCACUCCACUGGCUCCGGGUGUCCAGAUUCCAGAAAGCACAGAUUCUAGUAUUGUUGGAUCACCCGAAGCAAACCUGACAGAAACCAACCGGACUUGGAGCAUCCCUGAAACUGAAGAAAAUUCCAUGAAACAGGAGGAAAUGGAAGCACCAUUCGCCAAGAUGACUGAGCAUAAGGAUGGAGACAUCGGGUCAGAUGUUGGUAUUAAGGGAGAUACUCAUUUUGAAAGAACUUCAAUUAAGGAUAUUGAAGAUGUACAGAAAAUACCUGAAAACCCUACACCCAAGCCCUUGAACACAGGAUUUGGAUUUAAUAUGGAUCACUACUUAACUGGUGCUCCAGAAUCCUCUGCUGUCCCUGACGACACUGUCAUCGUAGAUGGAGAUCAGCUACAGAAAGAUCUUUCUGGGUCUUGGUUCACUGCAUUGAGUAGUGUUUACGUUGUGGCCAAAGAAUGUAUGGGUCUUUAUGCUGAAAUAUUGGUUACUGCCCUGCCUGAGGACUGGCAACCUGGCCCAAAUUUUUAUGGGAUGCCAUGGGAGCCGGUGAUAAUAACUUUCCUCGUAGGAUACUUUACAUUCAUAAUUUUACUCUGGAGGACCCUCCUUGCAGUAAAAAAUAGGACAUAUCUAUUGACAGAAAAACAACUGGGGGAAAGAAUUCAGCUGUUGGUUAAUGAAAAAUGUGAAGUUCUUGAAAAAAUGUCAGAAUUGAAACAGAAGAUUGAAGAAAGUGAACAGCAGUUAGUGGAGUCUGAGAAAACACAAUCCUCUUCUGCCCAUGAAAAUGAAAAACUACAGGAAAAAUGUCAAGCUUUGCAACAAAAUAAUGAAAACCUGAUAGAAACACUCAGGACACUGCAGUCAGCUGUAGAAGAAGAAAGGAAAAAGAACCUGCAUCAAGAAGAACAAGUAUCUCGCACACAAAAGUCCAUCAGUAAGCUUCAGAGUAUAAUUCAAACUAAGAGUGCAGAACUGUCAAAGGUACAAACUGUUGUGGAAGAGGCCAGAGUGAAAGAAGAAGCAGUAAAAGCUGAAUUGCAGUCUGUGUUGAAAGAAAACAACACUUUAAAAGACAGUAAACAAAAACUAUUGAAGGAGUCCAGAAGCUGGGAAGAGCAAUACAGAGAACUUUCUGAGAAAAUUAAAACAUUCCAGAAGAGUCAGAAAGAUUUAGAAGACUCUAUUGCACGUAAAGACAACGAAAUAGAGGUUUUAUCCGAUUGCAUUACUGAGUUAAGACUGCUUGAGACUGUGGAAUUGCAGAAAGGCGAUGCAACGUCAAAUGUAGAAACUCAAGGUAAAAAGAAUGAUGCCAUAAAGAACAAGAUAAAACUGUUGACGGAUGUUUCACGGAUAAAGACAACUCUGACAAUUGUUGAAGAAGAACGAGACCGAUAUUGUGCAAAACUACUGGAUGAAGAAAAUUCCAGACAUCAGCUGGAAGAGCAAAUACAAAAGCUGGAACACGAUCAUGCUGCUUUGAGCAGCGAGAAGUCCCAUCUCGAAAAUGAAUUCAAGACCAUGCAGCAGAAACUGGAGAUCAUGAAUGAGUUGUACCAACAGAAAGAGAAUGCGCUCCAGCAAAAACUAACACAGGAAGAGUAUGAGCGCCGUGAAAAGGAGCAGAAACUAUCUGAAGUUGAUGGCAAGGCUGUGCAAGUAGUGGAAGAAUUAAAGAUUUACAAACAAAGAAUUCAACAAAUCGAGGAGGAACUACAAAAAACAGAGCGGUCUUAUAAAAAUCAAAUCUCGUCUCAUGAAAAGAAAGCACAUGAAAACUGGCUUAAUGCACGAGCUGCUGAAAGAGCGUUGGUGGAAGAGAAGAGAGAAACUGCAAACCUAAGACAAAAACUAGUUGAAGUUAAUGACAAGCUCGCAGAAAUCCAAAAACCUUCUCUAAUUAAACCAACCCCUGGCCGACAAGAUAGACAGAUCCCACCACCACGUAGAGGCACACUGAGCCGUGACGAUUCCUAUGGCCCAUCUCCUGUGAGUGGAGGGGCCCCUUCACCCCCACCAAUGAUUGAGGGCCCUGGACGCCCUCCAUCUGCUCCUGUGGGCAGAAGAGAACCCUUUGGUCACAUGGAUGGCCAGCUUGGUCCAAGAAGACCCCCAUCUGAAACAUCAGGACGAUUCCAUGUCCCUGGAGAGCAUGGACUUCUACCUCCAUUCAGAGCAGAUGUUGGAGUAUGUGCCCCACCAUUGAUUUCUAGUGUCCCAAGGACUUCCUCGCCUAACGUCCAAUUGGAUGGAUCGCAAAACCAUAUUGAAACAAAUCCUGUUGAACCUCAGGCUUUAUCUUCUUCCCCUUGUCCUUCCCCACCAAAAGAACCAGAUACAGUGAACGCUAAAGCUGAAGGUCCACCAUCAUUUCCAGGGACUCCAAUCAUGAAUUCGCCAGUGACUGGUCCUGCACCUCCACCAAAAGGAUUUGCCCCUCCACCGAUGACCGGACCUCCCAAUGGACAUGCCCCUCGGCCCAUAGCUGGGCAUUCUCUACCUGCGCCAGGCCCUCGCUACGGACCUCCACACCCAGUCAGAGGACCCUAUGGUCCCAGGCCAUAUGGACCUUCUCCACCACUGACUGUUCGUGGACCACUUCUGCCGCACAGAGACUACCCACCUGGCUCAAGGGAUUUUGCACCUGGUUUUCCACUGCCACAUGGACCUCGGGACUAUCCAUUUCCACCCAAAAAUAUGCCUUCCGGGACCGGUCCCCCACCAGGCAUGAGAGACUAUCCAGGCCCGCAAGGUCCGUCACCACAAAUGGGCCCAAGGGACUAUCCUCCAGGUCCUGGUGUGCCACCACAACAGGUGCAACACAGAGACUUUUCAUCAAAUUCACAGAAUGGGCCAUAAACUUUGCCUAACAUCUGGUGUUAUUUUAUUAAACUAAGCAGAUCAAAGAACUGUUUCUGCUCUUAUUUAAAAGAGCAGAAUUUUAAAAUUCUGCUUUGACAGUAGGAAAAAAUUAAUUCAUUAUAACACCAAUGUCUUGUCAAACUGUGUUUGGAAUUAAUGUUAAAUGAAAACUUAGGGCACCCUGUGCGGCCUAUCACUGUGCACUAUCAAUUAGAAUCGGUAUGCGCCAUUUUAAAAAUAAAUAAAUAAAACAAUUGUUUAUUGCAGUCCCUGUAUUAUCUGGUGUUUUUUUAAAGGGAUAUUUGUGGUACACAGUCUGAUCAAGAUUACCUGUGGAAAUAGUUGUUUAUUUGUUAAAAUAGCCUCCAAUAGUAUUAGCAUGCUCACACAUCACAUGUUUUUAUGGCCAAUCCUUUUUACUCUCAGUUGUAGGUUUAACUUCACUUUUAAUUUAUGGGACGAGUAAAUUGUAUACAAAAAAAGUCUAGGAGGUAUACAACUUAUUUUGCUAUUUUCUGAGAAUUUAUUAAUAAAGAUGGUUAAAAUUA